AUGGUGUUUCUCUUUCAGCGUAGCACCACACUCCGCGCGUACCACUACGUCCACCCGAAGACCGGGCGGCCCAUUCGUCAGUACCGCCGCUACGGCGACCCACGCUUCAUCAACAACGAAGCCGCACUCAUCCGCGGUCAGUGGGGCCUCAUCACCGCGGACUUCGGCAUGGUGACGCAGUCACAGCUCGAAAAUGCGCGCCUCGCAAUCCUGCGUCGGCUUCCGCGAGGUGGUUUCACGCUAACGAUGCACACCGACUAUGAGGAAUUCCCCGUCGUGAAGAAGAGCCCCGAGAGCCGUAUGGGCGCUGGCAAGUCGAACAUUCACCACUUCGCGUACAAGUUCACGACGGGUGUGCCACUGUUUGAGAUUGUGUCCAUCUCCUCACGGCGCCUUAAUCAGGCGGAGGCAGAGGGUAUCUUUCUGGCAGGAAGGCCGUUCAUUCCGCUACAGACGGUAGUUGUGCCGCAGGGACGCGUCGACGAGUACCAUGUUUUCAAAUAG